AUGGCUAGUCCUCCUGUUCUAGCUUUCGAUGCCGAGGGCCGUCCGGUGAAGUUCGAAACCUGGCUAGAUGACCUGCACCUGUUCCUACAGCUCACUGCCAAGGAAGACAUCUCACUGUACGACCACGCCCUAGGCCAUGCUACUGCCCCUGACACGUCUGCUGACAGCACUCUACGCUCUCAGUGGCAGACUCGUGAUGCGCACGCUCGCUUUGCUAUUCGCAACUCCCUGCCGCUAGACGAGCGCGAGCACUUCGGCCAGUGCAAGACUGCUAAGGACCUCUACACCGCUGUAGUUGCCCGUUACUCCUCACCCGCUUCUGCUACGCUAGGCCGCCUCACUCUCCCCUACCUGUUCCCCGACCUAGCCUCCUUUCACACUGUCGCAGACCUCAUCACCCACCUUAAGACUAGUGAGGCCCGCUUUCGCGCUGCUAUGCCUGCCGAGGACCACUUCCUCUCUCGCUCCCCCACUGAGCUCACUGUUGCCCUCCUCGAGAAGGAACUGCUUGCAGCUGAGGCGAGCAUCGUCGUUGUAGGCACCUCUCGUGGCGACCCCCGCACCCCGUUCUUUGAGGGGUGUUCCCCUUCCCCCCUCCUCCCCUCUGUCGCCUCUGCUGCUGCUGUCGACCUCUUGGUUCUGAGAAGGUCGGGACCGCGUCUGCUUCGAGUGGGCGCCGCAGACAAACAGGGGGGCAGGGGUGGGGGUGGCGGCGGAGGAGGUGGGGGUGGAGGCGGUGGGAGUGGAGGCGCGACUGGGGAGGCUAGUGGCGGCAGUGGGGGAGGAGACAGCAGCGGCGGGAGCGGUGGCAGGGGUGGAGGCGGCAGCGGAGGUGGAGGUGGUCGUGGCGGCGGCAGGGGUGGAGGUGGCCGAGGCGGUGGUGGUGGCGGUGGUGGUCGUGGAGGCACUGGCGGAGGCCAGAGUCAGCAGCCCGCCCCGACGCUUCAGGCCGCCCGUGAGUGGUAUGCGCAGCGUGGCUUUACCUGCACGUACGUCAUUCGCACAGACUUUGAUGCUAUUCUCACUGCCAUGUAUGCCAUGUCUAUUAGUGGAGAGGGUGCUCAGUACUUGCGUGUUCCGCCCGACCCGGGCAUUCAGGCCAGUCCGGCUGCCGCUCUAGGUGCUAGUGCGUCUGCUCCCACAGGUCCUGGUGAGGCUGCUGCCCUAGGUGCUAGUGCGUCCGUGCCCCCUGGUACUGAGUCGACUGCAGCACUGCACACCUUCACACUGGACUCAGGUGCCUCUCGCUCUUUCUUUCGUGACCGCACUGUCCUUGAGCCACUCGCUCGGCCAGUUGCUGUCUCCCUUGCUGACCCCUCUGGGGGUCCGGUCAUUGCCACCUCCUCCACUGUUCUUCCUUGUCCUGCGGUCCCGUCCGGCACGCUUUCAGGUCUCUACCUCCCCUCGUUCUCUACGAACUUGGUGGCGGGUUGUGCGCUCCAGGACUCGGGUGUUCACCAGUUCACCCCUGCCUACGAGCGCGUGACACACUGCACGUGUGCUCGGACGGGUCGCCACCUGGCUACUUUCACUCGAGAGCCGGGGUCGGACCUGUACACACUGACCACUGAGUCCCCUCAGGUAGCUGCGUCUACGUCUGCGUCUGCGUCAGGUCAGCUGUCCGCCCCCUGCUCGUGUCGCUCUCUGGCGCAUGAGACUGUCCUUUGGCACCACCGCCUUGGUCACCCGUCUGUGCAGCGCCUUCGGGCCAUGCACAAACGGGACCUUGUUGCUGGUCUUCCCAGGGUGCUCCCUCCCCUUCCCGACUCGCCUGCUCCUCCCUGUAUUCCCUGUGUCGAGGGGCGGCAGCGCGCCGCUCCUCACUCCUCCUCCUUUCCCCCGACGACUGCUCCCUUGCAGACGCUCCACUUGGACGUGUGGGGCCCAGCCCGCGUCCGUGGACAGGGUCAGGAGCGGUACUUCCUGCUAGUUGUUGACGACUUCUCGCGCUACACCACGGUCUUCCCCUUGCGAGCCAAGGGUGACGUACCUGAUGUCUUGAUCCCUUGGAUCCGCAGAUCUCGUCUCCAGCUCACCAGGCGUUUCCGCUCCGACUUUCCUGUCCUGCGUCUGCACUCUGACAGAGGUGGAGAGUUUUCCUCUGGCCUCCUGGAGGCCUUCUGUCAGCAGGAGGGCAUUGAGCAGUCGUUCACGCUUCCGGCCUCUCCACAGCAGAAUGGGGUUGCUGAGCGCCGCAUUGGUCUAGUCAUGGAGGUCGCUCGUACCUCCUUGAGUCAUGCGGCUGCCCCCCAUUUUCUGUGGCCGUUUGCGGUCCGAUACGCUGCGCAUCAGCUCAACCUCUGGCCCCGUGUCUCCUUGCCCGAGACUUCUCCGACACUGCGUUGGACGGGAGAGGCUGGCGAUGCGUCGCGUUUUCGGGUCUGGGGAUCCCGAGCUUUUGUCCGCGACACGUCCGCGGACAAGCUCUCCCGUCGCGCUGUCCCCUGCGUCUUCCUUGGCUUUGUCCCGGAUGCCCCUGGUGCUGAGGUACCAGACCCCCUCCCCCCUCAGGGUGCCGCUCCCUCAGGUGUGUCCCAGGUAGACCCGGGUGAGCCUGUCGAGGUAGCUGUUGACUCUCGUCCUGCGUCUGGGGGUGCUGAGCCUGGGGGUGCUGCGUCUGGGGGUGCUGAGCCUGGGAGUGCUGAGUCUGGGGGUGCGGAGCCUGGGGGUGUUGAGCCUGGAGGUGCGGAGCCUGGCGGUGCGGAGCCUGGAGGUGCUGAGUCUGGGGGUGCUGAGACUGAGCGUGCUACACCUGGAGGAGCCCUCUCCUCCCAGCAGCUGCAGGAGAGGUACCUCGAGUACUGCCGCCUCCGGAGAGGUGCUGCUGGAGCUCGUCCCGGGGGUGGCGCUGCUGCUGGUGCUGAGGACCCGGGCGUUGGGGCUGCUGCUGGUGCUGAGGACUUGGGCGUUGGAGCUGCUACCGGUGCUGAGGACCCGAGCGGUGGCGCUGCUGCUUGUGCUGAGGACCCGGGCGCUGGAGCUGCUGCUGGUGCUGAGGACCCGGGCGGUGGCGCUGCUGCUGGUGCUGAGGACUCGGACGUUGGAGCUGCUGCUGGUGUUGAGGACCCGGACGUUGGAGCUGCUACUGGUGCUGAGGACCCGGACGGUGGAGCUGCUGCUGGUGUUGAGGACCCGGACGUUGGAGCUGCUGCUGGUGCUGAGGACCCUGCCGCUGGUGUCUCUGCUGGUUCUGGAGACGCUACGCGGCCGCGACCGUACUUCGUACCACUUCUUCAGCAGGUUCUUGGUCAGACUCCUCCUCCUUGUCCUCCUCCCUCCGUAGAGUGUCCUCCACCUGUCCAGUCGCAGUCACAGUUCCCGCCUGCCUCGCCUCUCCCUGCUCCCUCUCCUUACACUGGUCCCACAGGAGGUCUUACAGAGCGUCGUGAGCCUGAGUCUCGUCCUGCGUCGCCUGUUCGUACUGCUCGCACUGGUCGUCGUGUCCCACGUGAGCGUCCUCCUCCUGUCCCUGGCACUCACUACAUGACUCUGCGUCCCUCCACUGCUCCUCAGCGUGUCCCGCUACCGUCUCCUCCUGCGUCCUCUCUGCCUACUCUUCCUGACCCGGAGUCUGACUCCCGUCGUGCUGCCAGUCCCACUGUCACGCGUCUUCUUGCUACUGUUGUCACUGACCCUACCUUUGCGUCCUCUGCUGCGUCUGCUCUGGUCGCUGAGUUGAUAGACUUUGCUGCCCGGUGUCGUCUAGACUACGCCACUAGCCUUGUUGCUGAGUCUGAGUCUGUCUGUCCUCCGUCCGUCGGGGGUGAGUGUGCUCUUGGCACGGACGUCCUUGAGGACAGACAGGAGGAGUUCCAGUGCUUUGCUGCUACUUUGCCCCACCUCGUGUCCAUGCUAGUUGCCCCUGAGGGAGACCCGGAUGCACCAGACAUCCCGACCCCGCGCACUUACGCUGAGGCGAUGGCGGGUCCCUACUCCUCUCAGUGGCAGACAGCCAUGGACGCAGAGAUGGCUUCCUGGAAGUCCACACGCACCUACGUCGACGAGGUUCCCCCACCUGGGGCGAACAUCGUCAGUGGCAUGUGGAUUUUCAGGGUGAAGCGGCCACCGGGUUCUCCCCCUGUCUUCAAGGCGCGCUACGUGGCUCGAGGCUUCAGUCAGCGAGAGGGAGUUGACUUCUUUCAGACUUUCUCCCCCACCCCGAAGAUGACCACUCUUCGGGUGCUGCUGCACAUAGCCGCUCAGCGCGACUACGAGCUUCACUCACUUGACUUCAGCACUGCUUUCUUGCAGGGCAGCCUGCACGAGGAGAUCUGGCUGCGCCGCCCUCCUGGCUUCACUGGGUCGGUUCCUCCUGGUACCCAGUGGAGGCUUCAGCGGCCGGUCUACGGUCUCCGCCAGGCACCGCGUGAGUGGCACGACACACUGAGGACGACACUUGCGGCUCUUGGGUUCGCUCCCUCUACUGCUGACCCGUCACUGUUUCUACGCACAGACACCUCACUGCCGCCGUUCUACAUCCUCGUGUACGUCGACGACUUGGUCUUUGCCACUGCUGACACCGCGGCACUUGCCCACGUGAAGUCGGAGCUGCAGAGGAGACACACGUGCACAGACCUGGGUGAACUGACAAGCUAUCUUGGCUUGCGGAUCACCCGGGACAGAGCACGCCGCACCAUCACCUUGACUCAGUCACACAUGGUGCAGCAGAUCCUUCAGCGCUUCCGCUUCACGUACUCCUCGCCUCAGUCCACUCCUCUGCCUACCGGUCACUCGCUCUCAGCUCUGCCUUCGGAUGAGUCCGUAGAGCCGAGUGGCCCGUAUCCAGAGCUUGUGGGCUGCCUCAUGUACCUGAUGACCUGCACUCGACCUGACCUUGCAUACCCUCUUAGCAUCCUUGCACGCUAUGUCGCUCCUGGCCGUCACAGGAAGGAGCACAUGGAUGCCGCUAAGAGGGUGUUGCGCUACUUGUGCAGUACGUCGGGCAUGGGGCUAGUGCUUGGAGGGCGAGACCGAGUUGUACUUACUGGACACUCAGACGCUUCUUGGGCGGACGACCAGGCUACUCAGCGGUCGUCUCAGGGUUACACCUUCAGCCUUGGCUCCGGCUCAGUUUCUUGGCGUUCUACACGCUCUUCUUCUGUUCUCAGCUCCAGUUGUGAGGCUGAGAUCUACGCCACAGCCAUGGCUGCCCAGGAGCUACGCUGGCUGACCUACCUGCUGACCGACUUGGGUGAGCGGCCUCGUUCUCCUCCAGUGCUGUACGUCGACAACCAGGCUGCCAUUGCCUUGUGUGAGGAGCACAGACUGGAGCACAAAACGAAGCACAUCGCCCUGCGGUACUUCCUUGCUCGAGAGCUGCAGCAGCGCGGUCAGCUUUGUCUGCGUUACGUGGCCACUGAGGCCAACCUUGCUGAUGUGUUCACCAAGGCGCUUCCGCCUUGUGACCAUCAGCGCUUCUGCACUCUGCUAGGCCUUGUGCCUACUGGACCUCACUUACUUACCUCUUGA